GAGAGAGAGAGAGGGAGUUAAAAUUAUCCACCUGAAGCCGAUCCUCCUCCUGCUCAAGCUGAUCAGUGUGCUGAAUGGACUAACCAGCUCCGAGACGUCAAACUCGCGGGCAGGUAAGAGCAGUCUAUGAUCCGAUGGCUGGUUAGAAGCCGAAGUUAAAGGGAUUACUCUUGGCUGGCUGUCGAACGCAGGAGGUCCUUGGAGCCAAGACAGAUCACCUGGCUGGCGUUGGGCCAACAUCUCUUUCCCAAGACGGCAGAUGGACUUAUCGGGAUCGAUCAGCACAGCUAAUACUGGUCUUUAACUUGCCAUGGAGCCAAGAAACCUUUGGUGAAACCACCAGGUUGUCUCAAAGGCAAACAGUUAAAGAGUCUGGCAGCACCCUUUGUUUACUUUUGGAAUACUGCCCUGGAGUUUCUGCUUUUUGUCCUCUGAAAGGGAUCCAUGCUGUCUGGGAGGAGAUUGUAUCUGCAGUUUUAUUGUUGACAUGCUUUUCCCCAACAUCUUUCAAUCCAACACGUAUGACUUCCAUUCAUGGUGUUCGUCACACCAAAGCUAAGGCCCGGGAGGACUGUCAGUUAUCAAGGAAAAUAUGGCCAGAGACGUCAGUCCUCUGAGCCUCAUGCCUUUGUCUGUAAGGCAGCAGCAAUGGGUCGGAGCCCCUCUGGGGUUCAUCUUCCCCCUUCGUUCUCUCAUUUUCUAUUACUUCCUGUCAUGCGCAGCAGCCAGCAGUCUGCCUGGCAUAGAGUAUGAUUAUGGCAUUAGCCCCAAAUUUGUCUGCACUCCAAUCCCCCCAGAUGCAGACCCCAGCUGCUUUUCUCCACCCACUGUGCCCCAUGGACCAACCACUACUGGCCACAAUAGCGGUAACCGGCGAGGCAUGAUGUCCGACGAGGCCAAAGCCACCAUCUUGCACCUGCGUGAGAGCCUUGUGAGGCAAAAGGAGACCAUCCUGGACCAGCGGGAGACCAUCAGGGAGCUCACCGCCAAGCUCACCUUGUGCGAGGGCUUCGGUGGUCACCACAGUGGCGGUCACCAUGACAACCACCACGACAAUGGCCACGACAGCCAUCAUGAUUCCCAUGACGACCACCACGGGCAGCACAGCAGCCACCACCCGCCAUCGUCGUCAUCAUCACAUCACGGGCCUUCGGCGUACCACAGCAACGAUCAUCACUACUCCCACGGCGGCCACAGGUCGGACCCGCACCACAGGAAGGGCUCGUCGUACGGGAAACACGGCUCAUUCUCCCCCGAACAGACGGGAAAGACGCUGCAGACACUGAAGGAGAGGCUGGAGAACCUGCAGGCCAGGAACUCCUCCAGCUCCUACUCCAGCUCCCUGAGAGAACUCCUCCAGAGGAAGAUCACCGCUCUGGAGGAGCAGCUGCACAGCUACCACACAGAUCACCAUGACAAUGGUCACCACAGCGACCACCAUGACGACCACCAUGACGACCACCACGACGACCACCAUGGCAACGGCCACUACGACGACCAUCAUGACGACCACCACGACGACCACCACGGCAACGGCCACAACGACCACCAUCGUGUGGAUCACCAUGACAGCCAUAAUAACAACCACCACAGUAGCCACAGGUACAACAGCCAUCGCGGCGGGCACAGUAAUCGCCAUCAUGACUACCACUACGACUCCCACCACAGCCGGCCUCAUGGCAGCCGGCGCAGCCACUACCGUGAUGACCACCACAAUGACCGCCAUUAUGAUCACCAUGACGAUCACCAUGAUGACCACCAUGAUGACCACCACAAUGACCACCACGAUGACCACCAUGAUGACCAUCACAAUGACCACCACUACGACCACCACAAUGAUCACCAUGAUGACCACCACGACUAUCAUCACGACUAUCACCACAGACCUGGGCGCCACGAUGAUCACCACGAUGAUCACCACGACGAUCACCACGACGAUCACCACGAUGAUCACCACAAUGAUCACCACGACGAUCACCACGACGAUCACCACGAUGAUCACCACAAUGAUCACCACGACGAUCACCAUGACAGCCGCCGCGGCACGGACCACCAUGACAGCGACCACAUUACCGAUACUCACCCGCGGCGUCUGCCUUUCAGCAGCAAAGAGACGAGUCUGCGGGGCGCCGGACACAACAAGCUGGAAACAGUGAUCAGCCAACUGCACCACAGCUCUGACCAUGGAAACCACAAGAAGCUAAAGAGUCCCACUGCCUUCCUGCUCGACUUCCCCAUGAGGACCAACUACAUGUACGGCAGAAUGAAGCGGGCGGUGGUCAACGAGAUCUUCGCCCUGACAAUCUGCCUGUGGCUGAAAGCAGGUUCCGGUCCCGGCCUCGGUACUCCCUUCUCCUACGCAGUACCUGGACAAGCCAAUGAGCUGGUGCUCAUCGAGUGGGGCAGCAACCCCAUGGAGCUGCUGAUCAAUGAUAAGGCGGUCACAUUGCCGAUAACCAUGACGGAUGGGAAGUGGCAUCACGUGUGCGUGACGUGGUCGACACGCGAUGGCAACUGGGAGGCCUACCAGGACGGGGUGAAGAAAGGCUCAGGGCAAAACCUGUCGUCCUGGCACUCCAUCAAAUCAGGAGGGACCUUCAUCCUGGGCCAGGAGCAGGACACGAUGGGAGGCCGCUUCGACGUGACUCAGUCCUUCAUGGGGGAGUUGGCUGAUCUCCAGUUCUGGUCCAGAGUCCUGACGCCCAGCGAGAUCUACGGCCAGGCGACCUGCGGAGGCCACCUCAUCGGUGAUGUCAUGUCCUGGUCGGAGGAGUCGGUGGAGCUCCACGGAGGGCUGGCCGAGCUCCCGUUUGACCCCUGCCACUAAGGACUGACUCCAGACCACCCACGUCAAGAGCUGCAGCAUCAUCAUCCUCACAUUUUUGGAUUAUGUGUUCAUGUCAGAGAAAGUUGGAGAGCGGAAAAAUGUUAUUUUGUCAUGGAUCAAAGAUGAGGAAAUGAGUUAUUUCAUCUCUCGCUCUGGUUCUUCGUCAUAUCGGUCUGCAGAAGUUUAAUAACUCGAGCUCAGCCACGGGCAGCAGAUGGAGCAAGGAGUUCUUCUGCUUUUUUUUCUAUAUAUUUUUGCCAUUCCUGUUCGAUCUUUCUGCCUUCUUCCACCUACACUUCUUCACUCUGACGCUGUCAGCAGGACGACUUUGAAGGCUCAAAAGGAGCGCAGGGCUUUGGAUUUGCAGGCUGUGUGGUCAUGACUACAGCUGCUCUGAGAGAUCCACCACACAUAAUAGGAUUUCUUUCCAGCAGAUCGGGUCCAAAGGUUGCUUGUUGCCAUUAGCUCGCCUGCACUAGCUUGUUCUCUUUGGUGUGCAAGCAACAUAAACAUCACGGGAGGUGAAAGGGAGGCUGAAAAGGCACAAGACCGCUUACAAAUAAAAGCCACAUGGGGACCGUGAUGAUUCAUCCUCCUUUAUAAAUGACUGACAAACAAAUAUCUGAUCGUUGUUAUGUGGAGAUGAGGAAUAACACUGCUGCAGGAGUUUGUUUUUUUUUUUUUUAAUACAGAGAAAAGGUUUGGGCUGACUGUUUUAUAAUAGUAUUUCAUAUUGAAAAAUCUACUACAGGUUGUUUUUUUUUGUAGGAAGAAAACAAAAACAGUGUAACGUGUUCCAUGACUGUAAACUUGCAUUUUGUCAAUGCAGAAUUUUAAAAACAUGGAGUGGAUGUGCGAUUGUCCAUUACAUAAGAGCGCCGCAGCUUACUGUCCGCCAUGACACGUUACGGCCGCGAGCCACCUGACCGCCAUCGUUACCGUCCAUCAACAUGUCAGCCGCCAUGAUGCUCAUGUCACCCCGGCGGCUUACAGCGGGACUUAACUGUGGACAACUGAUCCGAUCCUGCCUAUU